CAUGGCUCCACGGCCCCGGCGACGGAGGCACAAGAAGUCUCCCUCAACAGUGGCUCCCGCAGCUAUGACCCCUCCCGAAGCCGUGACCCCUCCCACAGCCGUGGCCCCUGUGCCUCUGACCCUCUCAAAACCUGGCCCUAGCAUUGAUGCCCUUGGCUUCUACUCCUUGGAGAGUAAUGUUCCUGGCCUAUCCCAGCUGAUUCUUCAAAAGCUCAACAUGAAAAGCUACGAAGAAUACAAGUUGGUGAUAGAUGGGGAUACUCCUGCAUCAGGCUUUGGAUUUCGAUGCCCUCGGGAAAUGUUCCAGAAGAUGGAGGACACAUUCCGAUUCUGCGCUCACUGCAGAGCACUCCCCAGUGGCCUUGCAGACGCCAAGGUCCUCCGGCACUGCAAGAGGUGCAGAAAUGUCUAUUACUGUGGUCCCGAGUGCCAGAGGUCGGAUUGGCCAGCACACAGGAGGGUUUGUCAAGAGCUGCGUCUUGUAGCAGUGGACCGUCUCAUGGAAUGGCUUCUGGUCACAGGAGAUUUUGUCCUACCCUCGGGACCUUGGCCAUGGCUGGCUGAAGUUGUACAGGACUGGGACACCUGGUUUUCUAUGCGGCGUUUACAGCUAGAUGCUACACUGGAUGCUGUGCUAGGUAGUCAUGCCAUGAGCACACUGUGGGCCAGUGUGGGAAGGCCAAGGCCAGACCCAGAUGACCUGCAGGGCUCUUUGAAGCGACUCCUCACAGAUGUCCUGUCACGGCCCUUGACGCUGGGCUUCGGGCUUCGGGCCUUGGGGAUAAAUGUGAAGAAGAUUGGAGGAAGCACAGUGCAUGUAGUUGGAGCUUCCCAUGCGGAGACGUUUCUCACUCGCCCCGGGGACUAUGAUGAGCUUGGUUACAUGUUUCCUGGACACCAUGGCCUCCGUAUAAUAAUGGUGGGUGUAGAUGUUGCUUCUGGUUUUUCACAGAGCACCUCAGCUUCACCUGUGGAACCUGGCACAGUUCAGCUUAGUGGCCACAGGGGCCUGUAUCAUAACUUCUGGGAGGAGCAGGUAGAGACUGGGCAGACGGCCCGUCCAGAUUUGGUGGUGGCCUUCCAUCCAGGUUUUCACGCUUCCCCGGACUUGAUGGAGGCUUGGCUGCCCACCCUACUGCUGUUUCGAGAUUAUGAGAUCCCUACAUUGAUUACUGUUUACAGCUAUCAGGAGUUGGCAGCCUCUUUGCAGAUUCUGGUGGACCUGGAUACACACAUCAUUGCCUAUGGAGCCAACCCUUUCAUGUCCCUCAAACCUGAGCAGGUCUAUUCCAACCCCAACAAGCAGCCAGUAUACUGCAGUGCCUACUAUAUCAUUUUUCUUGGGAGCUCCUGCCAGCUGGAUAGGAAGCAACUGGAAGAGAAAGUUGACGGUGGGGAUUAAAUAGCUGAGCCAGAUUCUGACUAGAUACCGAGAAAAGGGAGGUUGAUAAAAUUACCCUGCUGAUGUCAAUUUAUUGCCAACUUGGAAACUCGCUAAAUUCUAAACCUCAUUGUCCAGGUAAAGCUUCUAAGCU